CCGUUCUUUAUCAAGGUCCCCAAAAUAAGCAGGAAUGGGCAGUGGCCAUUCACAGUCUCUCUGCACACCUUUUCCACUGACUAACUAAGGCCCUGGAUCACAAGUGGGGAGAGAGUUUUGAGCGUCACUGCCUCUGGAAAAGGGAUGCCUGUAGGACGGAGAAUAAGAGCUAUGAAGCUGUUGGGAACAGCCCUCCUCUUUCUGGCUUUGUUGAGCCUCUGCUGUGUUGGUGCACAGGAAAGUGCAACACCCAGCAAGAACUCAACAACUCCUGCAGGCAAUGCAUCCUCUUCCGUGAGCAGUGACACAGCUAAUUCUACAGGAGAUCCAGUAAAAUUGACUUCUAACCCAACUUCUCCAGCAACAACCCAACCAACACAGAUCUCUACACAUGUAUCACUAUCAACAUCCAACAGCACAGCUGGUGCGGGGACAGCUGAAUCAUCAGUGCGAAGUUCUGUGACUUCAUCUAGCUCGGCUCUAAAAGCUACUGACCAAAGUAACCAGACAAUAAGAGGGGACCAUGUCAAUAGGCAAGUUACCCAGAAAAGUACACAAGAAACACUUCAGAAAACAACUGAAGCUGCAACUGAAUACAACACUGUAAGUGCAAGCGCCAAAAAACAGGAUCAUCCCUCUUAUACCACCAUUAUUUUGCCAGUCAUCAUUGCCUUGAUCGUCAUAUCUCUCUCAGUAUUCCUUCUGGUGGCAUUGUACAGAAUGUGCUUGAAAACAACUCCAGAGAGACAAGAAAAUGGAACUGAACAAGCCCCAUCAGAUAAAGAGAAUGUGAAGCUUAUUUCUGUGAAGACAACUUCCCCAGAAACUGGCAUGUCCAGUUUCUUGACUCUUUCCUCAUAUGACUUGCCUUUAGGCAUGUCAUUACCUUUGGAGCCCUUCAAACCAAUGCGAGCAGUCUUCUCAAGGGAGGAAUAAAACUCGGCCGCACAAUGAUUCGUCUUCACACCUUGGCAACAAAUGUGUGUGAAGACAUCGUACUUUAUGAUUUCCUCUUGGAAACAACCAGUCACCAAAGCAGACAUUCCACUGGAGCAACGUAAAUUGAUGGCAUUUCCACAUUUACAGACAGAGUGUGCACACCUACUUCAUAAUAAUCUUAUCUACAUUGCCACUUUUCUUCUAUAUGCCUUCUGUUUUUGUUUUUUUAUAAGAAGCCCAUUGUACUUUUCUUAGUGGCUAACUGGUGUAUAGUACAUAUUUAUUGUUUUCCACACAUGAAAUGUUCACAUCUUACAAAACUAAUGUAUAAAUCAGCUGAUAUUUGACUAAUGGUGAUGGGCUUUGUACAUAAAAAAUGUUCUGCCUGCAAAGGGAAAAAUGUUAAGAAGUUUCCUUGUACCUUCCCAUAAAAUAAAAUAAAAUGUUUCACACCAUAGACUAAAUAGAGGCUAUGUGUAGGUCAAGCUACACAUUGCUAUCCUAACUUUCCUUCCAUAAAUGGAAAGCAUUUGCAAAAUGGGGCUUUCCAGCUUCUCCCAUCCCUAUGUAACUCCCUGUGCCCUCAAAACACUCUACUCCUGGGGGUUGGGGGAUUUUUGAGACUGGUGUGGGGUACUGUGCAGAGUGCUGCAGAUAGGGGGGAGUCUGCAGAAAUCUCCUCCUUUACUUGAACAGAGGGAAAACUUAGGAUCCAAGCCAUAUUGUGUAGAUUUUUGUUGUGUGUGGGAGGGGACAUUUUCUUUUGACAGGAGGUGGCCAAUAAGGAUGCAAUUUCAGGUAGAAAGGGAGGAACAGAAGCAUCUUAUUAACCAUUUCCUUCCUGUCAUUUCCCCCUUACAUUUUAACUUCUUACAACACCCCAGAACAACACAGUAGCUUAAGGCUUUCAGGUGCUGAUGCUGGGUCUGAAGGAAAAGUUUAAGAAAAAAAAAACCUCUCCUGUACCACUUUUCUACUUCAACUUGUAUCCUCGGUGACUGAAUUGUGCGAGAAAUAAAAUUCAGAGAGGAGGCAGAGAGAAAUCAUGGCAUGGAAUACAUAAUUUGGCCCUCAGUCUUCCAUGAUUACACUGCAGAAGGAUAGAAUGCAGAAGUAGAUGUAGAAUUUAGCUUUCUAAAAGUAUUAAAUGCUAUAGGAGCAGAGGAAGCUGCCUUAUAAUGAUUCAGACCAUUGGUUUAUCCAGUUCAGUAUUGUCUACGGUGGCUGGAAGCAGCUCUCCAGGGUUACAGGCAAGGGAUAUUCCAAGCUCUAACUGGAGAUGCCAGGGUUUGAACCUGGAAUCUUCUGCAUGCAAAGCAAAUGCUCUACCACUGAGCAACAGAGUACUCCCACAGAACAGCUCAUAUGUCUAUCCCAAAGUAGCAAAAACAAAACUUAAAAUCACAAGAUUACUGCCCGGUGAAAUCUAGGAGGACAUAAAAGAGGUGACCUCAGACUGCUCCCCAAAACAUCCUCAUCCAAAAUUGUUCACAAUUACUUCGGAGUUCUGAAUUAUCUGGUGGUAUGCACAAAUGAAGCACUGCAAAGAUCUUGAUUAGCUUGUAUCAAGAUUAUUAAAUUUUCUGUGGCACUUUAACCAGUGUGCAAAAGAAACUCAUGGGCUCAUCAGUAAAACAAAAGACAAAAUAAUGUUGGUGCAGCCAUACAUGUAAUCACGUCCAGAUUGUUUUUCUCAUUGAAGACAUGUGUGUAUAAGUAACAAAGAGGGAUAGAAAAAUGUAAAGGAACUGAAAGAACUGAAAACUGUGGCGAACUUCAAAGUAUCAUAGAGUUGUAAUGGAUCUCAAAGGGUCAUUUAGCAGUCCAGCCCUGCUGCCAGUGCAGGAAAUCUGCUGCUAUAUGUCCCUCAUAGGUAGCCAUCCAGGUCACAUCAGCACUAUCCAUAAAAACACUAUUAUACAGUCAGGGCUCCCAGGCAACUCUGAGAACUGUAACUCUGUGAAGGGAAUAGGGGUCUCCUAACAACUCUCAACACCCUUAACAAACUACAGUUCCCAGGAUUCUUUAUGAGAAGGCAUGACUGUUUAAAGUGGAAUAAUAGUGGAAUAAAUGAAUGGUGGGGAUGUGGCUCCAGCCUCUGCUUAAAAACAUCUAACAAAGGAGAGUGUACCAACUUAAGAGGCAGUCUCUUCCACUGUCAAACACUUUAUACUGUCAGAAUGUUUAUUUUCUAACGUUUAGUUGAAAUCCUCUUUCUUAUAAUUUGAACUCAAUGAUUUGUGUUCUGCCCUCUGAAACAAGAGAAAACAAUUUUACUCCAUCAUCUGUGUGAUAGCCCUUCAAAUACCAUGUCUAUCAUAUCACGUCUUAGUCAUCUCUUCUCCAGAUUGGAUGUACCAACUCCAACCUUUCUUCACAGGAUUUGGUCUACAGCUCCUUCGCUAUCUUUGCAUCCUCCUCUGCAUGUCUUCCAGUUUUGGAAUUAUUUUUUUUCUUCUUAAGUUGGGAUUCAGAGUGAGUAGAACACUGAGCAGGGACAAUGGACAGAAUCCUGAGCCCUUUUUUGCCAACACAAGCAAAAUAAAUUUUGCAAAAUAACAUUUUUAUCAACAUUUUUACAUUUUAUUGAUCAAGGCUUACAAUGUUCAGGCACAAAUAUAGAAAACAUAUGCAAAGUAUGAAUAAAACAGAACAACUGAA